AUGAUUGUCGAGCCCAAGUGGAGUUGUCCAAAAUUUACGAGAAGAAAUUUACGAGGUCGCGUCCGAAUCGAUGCUCCGUGGACCUUCAAGCCAAGAGCGGAUGUUGAAGAAAACAAGGCCUAGUGCUACAACAAGUUCGGUGUUGGAAUGAAUGAGCUGAAGAAUCCAUAGCUUCUGCCAUCUGGCUCGCUGUUGCAGGAAUCGUUGCCAAGCUGUACAAUGGAGGAGUCUACGAGUAGGCUUACAAGCUUCUACAACACCUCAACACAAAGGGA